AUGGCUGCCGAGCAUGUCGCCGCUCAGCCAAAGUCUGAGAAGAAAGUGAAAAAAUCCCAAGGAAAAGCGCACACAAAUAUGGACGGUGUCGACACGAUCGCUGAGUCUACGAACACGGAGAAAGAGAAGAGAAAAAGAAAGGCGAAGGUUCAACCACCCCUCGAAAAUGACACUGUUGAGGGUUCUCCCGUUUCAGCUGAGCCAAUAAAUUCUUCGUUCCAUGCCGUAACGGAGAAGAAGAAAAAGUCUCAGAGGCAGGAGAACGGUGGCGAUGAGAGGACGGUCGAGCUAGAACCAGCCCCGAUGACAGAGGGUGCGCAAGGCGAGAAGCGGAAGAAAAAAAAGCAGAAGAAGCGCGAAGCAGAAGCGCAGGAUGAAAUUGAGGUAGCAGGGGAAGGGGUGACUCCAGAAGACCAUGGCAAUGAAGCUUCCCCCGAGAAUCCUAACGGAGACAACAAAACGCAUAAGAAGAAACGAGUACAUAAGGAGGGUGGGCUUUCUGGAGUACAGGAACAAGGUCAGACGCAGGGGGAGCAAACCAAGCAAGAAAAGCGUAAGAGGCGGAAGCGGGUCCUCGACGACUCCAAUACUCAGAUGGGAGACGCUGCAAAGGAGCCGGAAAAGAAGAAAUCAAAGCGGCGGAAGCCAAAUACUCAUGACCCAAACGAGGACGAGUCCCUCAGCGAGCAAGCUCGCAAAGCACUUGGCUAUGCAUAUACCCAGUUUGAGGAUCCAACAGGCUGGAAAUUCAACAAGGCGCGCCAGAAUUGGAUCGUUCGCAAUCUAUGGUCCGUGCAGGCGAUUCCUGAGAUUCAUUUCUCACUGGUGGCGAAAUAUAUAGCAAAUAUGCAGGGCGGAGCACGAGAUUCUCUGGUCAAGGUUUGCAAGGAUGCGGUCAGCAGUCUAAUACCAGACAAGACAACAUUGGGCAAUGACAAAUCAGACUCUACUACCACAUCACCUCUAGCUACUGAGUCAUCCCAGCUGAGCAGCAAUGAUUGGGCAGACUGUUUAUCGAAGCAAACAUCUAUGCUUGAGGUCAGACUUAGUAUUCACUCAUCGAAUGAACAAGAUUAUGAUACGUAA